AUGUUACCUGGCCACACUCCUUCGGGAGUUCGACAUCCAAUCGCAGUCGAUGGGGAUCUAUUCUUCAGGUUCAUAGCUAAUGAUGGAAAGAUGAAGUUAAAAGGGAUUCUGCCUUCGAACGUGGAAUCUGAGAUUCUUUCCGGGAGCAUUCAGAAUCUGGGUCUUAUCCGAAUACUUCAUUACACCCUCAACGACAUUCCGAGCAAGUCGGACAAGUAUCUGGUCGUCAACAAGUGUGAAGCAGUUUCUCCAGCACUUGAGAUGGAAAUCAAGAGUGAUGCGGGUGAUCUGGACUGUGGCAUCCUUUUAAAGCCUAAGCAAGAAGAUGAAACUAAUUCUGAGGUCACGGUUGAGGAGAGUGGGAAUCUUUGGAAGCCAAAGCAAGAAGUUGAAGUCGGAAAUCAAGGGAAAACCGGACCUGGAAAACUUUUAAAGCCAAAGCAAGAGAUGGUUGCAAAGUCGGCUGCCCAAAUUGUUCACGAACAGCACAGGAAGCGAGUUUCUGUUUUUUGUCUUCUCAUUUUAACUUGCUGA